UUUCAGCCCAUCGGCUGAUAAUAUUCCAUUACUGAUGUUCCACUGCUAGAAAUUUGGUAGACCUCAAAACAACGGCGUUGGGGUUCUUUUGUAACGAUCAACCACGGGAACUCCACUGCUAUUCACUAUAAGACCACUGCUCUCGCUGGAGGCUAUCCGAUAAUGUUGCAUAUCUUGGCGUUUAAGGAACUCUUGGUCUAUUCGGUUGAUACCUGAAAAGGCUCUCAACGCUAUUCUCUUUAUAUCUUUCUUUUUUACGACAGUUCUCAUUUCACUUGCUUAACCUAUUUGUCUAUCUAUUUAUAUCCAAACAUGAACAGGGAGAUACCAGGGUUCUACUAUGACCCUGAAAAUAAAAAGUACUUCAAGAUCGAGGCGAGCCAUAAAGCUCCACCAGGGUCCCAAUAUUCCAAAGAUGCCGUCAAGCGCAAACGCAAGGAUUCAGAGAAACGGCAACGGAAAGUCCACCUCACUCAGAGGGUAGCAAAGGAGAAAGUCAAGAGAGCAGCUUUCUUAGCCAACCCUCUCAUCGGUGCAGAGCGGGAAAUUGGAACCCAGCUUGUGACAAAAAGCGCCCGGCAAGACCAACGGGGUCUGCUGUACGCUGGCCAGUUGCGCCGCAACCAGUUGCACCAAUUUGAGCCCUGGCCGGAUGAGUACUCUAUUAAACAUGUGGUGCGCAAUCAACGAUCCGGGAUUCUAGUUGCUAGCGGCCAUCGAGGUGGUGAAUCAUCUGUUUCAAUAUGCUUCCCAGACUGCGAUCAGGAAAAAUGGACCUACAACCGGACAAUGGAACGAGUUCUCUUCAAAGAGCCUUAUAGGCUUUCCUCUAUCUCGUUGAGCCAUACCGGUUAUCUACUAGCAACGAUGGAUAGCGGCCCUCACGGCGACUCAUUCCUCGCACCACGAAUGCUUCCUGACCCCGACGAGGGGGGAGAUUACCGGUGGCCUCCAUCCUUUUCUCACCCAGUUCGCCUUCGCAUGGCAUCAUCGCUUUGGUGCUCCGCACCUUGCCCAGUUGGCAACAUGCCCUUCUUCGCAGUCGGCACGUCAGACGGCCUUCACACACUAGAGGGCUUUGGAAGCUACUGGGCUCUAUCAAAGAAAUCAUUCGCCAAUGAUGUAUAUACGGGGAAACCAAUCCUCCACCGACGAGUGGAUUCCUCCCAUGCAGUCGUCACCAGCGUGGAAUGGUUAUCCGCCCAAGUAAUUGCUGCGGGACUCAAAGACUCGGCGAUAUUCCUCCAUGACCUUCGCAGUGGCGGAACAGCAACAAGACUCCAGCACUCGCAUUCCAUCUCGAAGAUCAAAAGCGUUGACCCUUACCGUGUGGUUGUGGCCGGAAGGAACUCACUCAAUAUGUACGACAUCCGCUACCCACCUAACGGGCUCCAGCGCAACCCCAAUCCCAAUAGUAAACACCACACCUCAACGAGACCAUACCUCACUUUCUCAGAUUAUUCACCUGAAACUAUACUCGAUUUUGACAUUAGUCUUGAACUGGGCCUGCUAGCGAGUGCGUCCGAUGAGCGCAAGAUCCAGCUCUUUUCACUUCGAACCGGCGAACAGGUUUCUUCACCUCUAUCGAAAUACGAAUACGAGGAUCCCAUAUCUUCAGUUUGUUUUGAGUCCGGGAAUGGGUCUUUGCACGGGCCACAAACUCCGAGCAUAUUGGUUUGUGCCAAAGACACGGUAGAUGAAUGGAUUUGGUGAAGGUAUUUAUUGCUGUAUACCAUGAUUGCAUGCUAUGGAUAAUGUUACAU